AUGGUAAGGUUUGCAUCCGGUGCAUACGUCACGAGUCCAAUUCUAGCCAUUAUGGCUGAAGCAGGUAUUUUGCCGUUCGAUCUGCUUGUCCUCCAAACCAUCGCACGAUUGGCUAUCAGUAUGUUAGAGAAUAGUAGGGAUAAUGCUGCUAUUCCCUUGGUACAUCGAGCUUCCAGUCGUUUGAUGGAGAUGGUCGGAACGCCUCUUCCAAGUAUCUGCUCCCGCACGCGGCUAACUACUCGGAAGUGGUACGAAGCCAAACCUCAGAUCGUGUGGGACAUCAAGAAACGCGUAAAAGCCGGAGAUCCUUCGGAUACUGUCCGUCCAGUCGUUCAGGAGCUACUGACAGAACGUUUCAGCCCCUCAACAGUCGUUUACACAGAUGGAUCGAAAGACGAUAUCGCUGUCGGCGCGGGAGUUUUCGGAGAACACUAUCAACAGUCGCUAGGUCUACCACAGCAAUGCAGCGUCUUCUCAGCCGAGGCAUUUGCAAUAAAAACAGCGCUAACAGCAUACCACACGUCUAGCGAUUUGCUGAUCAUGUCAGAUUCGGCUAGCUGUUUAUCAGCAAUCGAAGCCGGCACAUCCCAGCACCCGUGGAUCCAACAGAUUGAAAACAUGCUUCGGAACCGUCCAAUCAAUCUUUGCUGGAUCCCAGGUCACACUGGCAUCCGCGUUAACGAAGAGGCAGACCGACUUGCAGGAGAAGCCAGGGGCGUUCCCCCAUUGGAUAUAUCCGUUCCCGGAGCAGAUGCCGUUAGUCAAAUCAAAACAACUAUCCGAAAUCGAUGGUACCAGCGGUGGUCAGCGUCCACCGAGGUGAAACUACGCGAAGUAAAAUUCAACACAACAAAGUGGACUGACCGCGAGAAUUCGGCCGACCAACGAGUGCUAACGCGAUUGCGAAUAGGGCAUACCCGAUUGACGCACGAAUUCCUGCUGAAGAGGACCUCUCCACCAGUAUGCGACUACUGUGGAGUCACCUUAAACGUUCGUCAUGUGAUCCUUCACUGCAGGAUAUACGACGAAGCGAGGAAAAAGCACGACAUCGAGCCGACGAGUUUACGAGCGGCGUUAUGCAACGACAACGACAGCGAGCAGAAAGUUUUAAACUUCCUUAAAGAAGCAACCUUGGCGUAUUUGAUUUCCAGCAGCUGUUUAGACGGUAACGACGGGCACUACCUGGUCGUCGGCCGGAUGGAGUUCCUGUAUCCUUCCUAUUCUCCAUCGCAUUGGGGGCAGAUUGUCAUCUUGGGUCACGACCAGCUUGCCCACCUCGACUUGAACUGA